AUGCCAGCCCCAGAGAGGCCCGAUGCCAAAGCUGAAGCCGGUGGCCAAGCGCGCGCGCAAGCCCGAGCCAGGGCAGGGGUUAGGGUUGUACACACGUUCGCCGGGGCAGGCCAGAUCAUUGAGGACGUGUGGAGUGCUAGUGCCAGCCCCAGCACAGGUAGCAGCCCAACCGCGAUAGAGACGAACGAGGAGAUGGAUAAGGAGGAUGGGGUAGAGGCCAUAGAUAUAGAGGUGGAGGCAUGGCAGAUAACCCCCAUAGAGCAGGCAUGCUUAGAGUUUUACAUCAAGCUGAUGAACCAGCGCCACCGCACGCAUGAGUACGAGAGCGCGCUGGUAUGCGCCAUGGCCGUGCAAGGGUGGGGCGAGGCGCGCUAG